UGUUUUUCUCUCUCUCUUUUGAAUAACAACAAAAAAAGAUGCGAUAUGUUCUAUUGUUUUUAGUGUUGUUGAGUCUAUGUCAACUCAUAACAGCAUUUUAUGGCCCUGGUGAACGCUUUAGAAGAAGUCAUUUGAUGAAACUCGAAACAAAGCAUGAGAAAAAACUACCAGAGCAAUAUGGUCCCUUUUACUAUGAUCAACCUGUGGAUCAUUUUGACUCGAAUUCUUCUACUUUUAAGCACAGAUAUUGGGCCAAUACAGACCAUUAUGAACAAGGUGGACCUGUUGUUUUAUACAAUGCUGGUGAAACACCUGCAGAUGAACGUUCGUUUUAUGUAAUUAAUUCAACCAUGGCUGAUUUAGCUAGACGAUUGAAUGGUAUUGUGAUUGUGAUGGAACAUCGUUUCUAUGGUAAAUCCAUGCCUGCCCCUGAUUUCUCUGCUAAAUCGUUGGCUACCUUAAAUACCAAACAAGCACUUGAAGAUAUGGCUCAUUUCAUCAAGUUUGUCAAGUUUCCCAACUUGGAUCUCCCACCUGCACCUGAAACAAAAUACAUUGUGUAUGGUGGUAGUUACAGUGGUAAUUUAGCUGCCUGGAUGCGCCAAAAAUACCCUGAUCUUGUCUUUGCUGCCGUACCUUCUUCCGCCCCUGUUCAAAUGAGCUAUAACUAUUAUCAAUACUUUGAUCCUAUUCUUCAAUAUGGACCUAAGCAUUGUAUUGAUGCCAUUCGUUCUGUUGUUCUCUAUGUAGAUCAUAUCUUGUUUAGUCCAUUCAAAGACCAUAAAGUAGCUUUAAAAAGACAAUUUGGUGUUGAAGAAUUGCAACAUGAUGAUGAUUUUGCUGAACUACUUUCUUCCCCAUUGGGUAUGUGGCAAGCCAUGACACCUACUGAAAACCCAUUCCAAGACAAAUUCUGCUCUAUUUUUGACGGACUAAACCAAGUGCAUGAGUAUGUCGAUGCUUAUGCCAACUACACUUUACAUUCAGUCCAACGUCAAUGUAAAAACCAGACCAUCACGGAAUGCCUUGACACGCAUGACCCUCAUUCUACCAAAUAUUCAGACGAAUCUGAUGAAAACCGUGCUUGGUUCUGGCAAGUGUGUACUGAAUACGCUUAUUGGCAAACGGCCUCACCUCUUUGGCGACCUACCAUUGUAUCCCGCAAACUCAAUACGGCAUGGUACCAACGCCAAUGCCCUUACAUGUUUGGUGAACAUGCUGUUCCUCAUCGACCUGUAUGGCGUAAGAUCAACCGCGAUUAUGAAGGAUGGUAUACCAGUCUAGACCGUGUCUAUUGGAUUGAUGGUGAAUGGGAUCCUUGGAGAACACUCAGUAUUCAAAGUGAGGAUGCGCCUGAUCGUUCGGGUUGGAAUGAAAAUGCAUGUUAUGCUGUUCUGCCCAAGUCUGUCCAUCAUUGGGACUUUUUCACAACAGACGCUGUUUCUGGCUUUAUCAAGGAUACACAAGAUAAUGUGUUUGAAACGAUCCGUGCAUGGAUUGAUGAAGCCAAUGACUUAAACACGCCUGCCCUUGUCUAUCAAUCCCAUUCUAUCUAAAUAAAUAUAUAUAAAUAUAUAUACAUAUACACACAACAAACACAAUUUAUUUAAGAGGAACAAACUUGGAAGAGUGAGUGGCACCAAUACCGGGACGACCGUGCUUAACAGGCUUGUAGG